UUUGCAGAAUAACUGUUUUUACUUUGCUUUGUAACUAUUUUUUUAAAACAAGAUCAUCUCUUAAGAGCCUGCAGCCUGAACACGUUGUGGAUUUUUACUGUAAGGAUUCACACCAUAUCUUAAGCUUAAGGAUGUGCUCUAUAGUCAUACUUCAUCAGUGGAGUCUGGCUGUGUUCUUGCUGUGCUCCCCAGUGACUCUUGAUGGGAGACCAGUUGAAGCACUUAGUAGCAGAACGAAGAGGUCAGUGAGCCAUGCCCAGCUGAUGCAUGACAAGGGUCGUUCCUUGCAGGAGUAUAAGCGCCGCAUGUGGCUGCAGGAGUUGCUCGAAGAGGUGCACACCGCCGAUGAGCGAGCUCCACCUGAGCAGAGCAAAACCCAGAGCCAAACCUUCAGUGGGAACUCUCUGCACGAAAAGCCCUCAGGGGCCACCAAGAACCUCCUUGAGAAAUUAAAGCCGGACAAAGACGGCCCUAACCUGCCCCAGGAGACCAACAAGGCUCUGGCUUAUAAGGACCAGCCACUUAAAGUGGCCACCAAGAGGAAAAAAAAGGUGAGGUUAGGCCGACGAAGAGAAAGUGACAAGAAGCGGAGGCGAGCAUGA